AUGAAUUCGGAGCUAUUUCUGAAGAAUUUGGAUAGCAGACGACGUCGUUAUGAACAAUACAGAUGCGAAUUGCAGCGUUUGAGGGAUGAAGAGAGAGCAUUGGAAAUAGAAAUAUCAACCUUUUCAGAAUUAUUAAACAAAUUCAACGAUUUUCCAAGCACAAUGACAAGUGUCGAAAGACAGUUAGAUGAUAAUAAAAAGAAUAUUAAAGAGAAAGCAAUGUUGUUGGUUAAAGCUCAAUUGCCCAGUCAUUCAUCUAAUACCGAACACGAUGACCUGGAGCAUCAAAGAAAUAUUUUGAAGAAACUUUUGGAUGAAAGAAAGUUGAAGGAGAAAUUGGUGAAUGAAAAGAAAUUCAAGAAGCCAGUUAACAAAGCUAAAUACCUUUUACGCGAAGACGACGACGACGUUCAUGAUGUUGAAGUCGAUGUAGAGACAGCAGAAGACGGAAGAAGAAAAGAACAGCCGAUAUAA